AUGUGGAUGACGCUGCCGAAUGCCGACUGCCGAGUGCCAAAAAUGGUCGAGCACGUAAAACGUGCACGCGUGCAGCAUGCAGACGGACGGCUGGACGGACGGACGGGCAGUAAAGCGGACAAGAACUUUUUCGCAUUUCGGCCGUCGCAUUUGGUCUCAUCACCAUCGCAGUCGCAUCUCGUUCUCAUUCGUGUGCGGCGCUUCACCGCUAAGCGACGUCUGAAAUGUAUAACGCUGCCUAACUUGCUGCUGCUGCUUCACGACCACGACGACGACGUCCACUAUAAUAACACAUACAAAGUCGUCGGAUUGCAUUCGAUAAUGGACAAAAAUAGAGAAAAAUGAAGCAUUAUCGUUUGAAUAAAUGAAGACUUAAAAGAUUAAAGACAAGAGCGAACAA